UUUCCUUGUUCCCUCCCCUUCAGAUCUACAGUUGUAAGAUGGGAGUAACCAACAUGUGGUGAAGUGCAGGAGCUUAGAGGCCCCAUUCACUGCAGGAACACACGCUGUUAAGAUCACAGCUCAAACUACUUUCAAUUCCCAGGAAGUGAGACUCAGACAGGCGUUGUCACUGAGAGGAGAAAUGGCGCAGCAAGGAGUUCAGCUGGACCGGGAAACUUUCUCUUGUUCAAUCUGUCUGGAUCUACUGAAGGAUCCGGUGACUACUUCUUGUGGACACAGCUACUGUAUGGACUGUAUUAAAGCUCACUGGGAUGGAGAGGAUGAGAAGAAAAUCCACAGCUGUCCUCAGUGUAGAGAGACUUUCACACCGAGGCCUGUCCUGCUGAAAAACACUAUGUUAUCAGAUUUAGUGGAGCAACUGAAGAAGACUGGACUCCAAGCUUCUCCUGCUGAUCACUGCUAUGCUGGACCUGAAGAUGUGGCCUGUGAUGUCUGCACUGGGAGAAAACUGAAAGCACUUAAAUCCUGUCUGGUGUGUCUGGUCUCUUACUGCAAGAAACACCUUCAGCCUCAUUAUGAAUUACCUAUAUUUGAGAAACACAAGCUGGUGGAGCCGUCCAAGAAUCUCCAGGAGAACAUCUGCUCUCAUCAUGAUGAGGUGAUGAAGAUUUUCUGCCGUACUGAUCAGCAGUGUAUCUGUUCUCUCUGCUUAAUGGAUGAACAUAAAGGCCACGACACAGUCUUAGCUGCAGCAGAAUUUACUAAGAGGCAGAAAGAGCUCGAGGGGAAUCAACAAAACAUCCAGCAGAGAAUCCAGGACAGAGAGAAAGAUGUGAAGCUGCUUAAACAGGAGGUGGAGGCUAUCAAUCGCUCUGCUGAUAAAGUAGUGGAGGACAGUGAGAAGAUCUUCACUGAGCUGAUCCGUCUCAUGGAGAAAAGACGCUCUGAUGUGGAGCAGAAGGUCAGAUUCCAGCAGAAAACUGAAGUGAGGCGAGCCAAAGAGCUUCAGGAGAAGCUGGAGCAGGAGAUCACUGAGCUGAAGAGGAAAGACGCUGAGCUGAAGAAGAUCUCAGUCACAGAGGAUCACAAGCAGUUUCUACACAACUACUCCUCACUGUCACUACUCAGUGAAUCUACAGACUCACCCAGCAUCAAUAUCCGUCCUCUGAGCUACUUUGAGGACGUGACAGCGGCUGUGUCAGAAGCCAGAGAUAAACUACAGGAGCUUCUGAGUGAGAAAUGGACAAACAUCUCACUGGCUGUGACUGAAGUGGAUGUGUUACUGUCACAACGAGAGCCCAAGACCAGAGCUGACUUCCUAAAAUAUUCACGUGAAAUCACACUGGAUCCAAACACAGCACACACACAGCUGUUAUUAUCUGAGGGGAACAGAAAAGGAACAUUAAUGUCCCAUCCACAGUCUUAUUCUAGUCACCCAGACAGAUUCACUAACGAGUUUCAGGUCCUGAGUAGAGAGAGUCUGACUGGACGUUGUUACUGGGAGGUGGAGUGGAGAGGUGAAGUCAUUUAUGUAGCAGUCUCAUACAAAAAUAUCAGCAGAGUACGUAGCCCAAUUAUAUGUAGAUUUGGAUGGAAUGACAAAUCUUGGGCAUUAAGAUGUGACAAAAACAGUUAUAAAUUUUUGUACAACCACAUCCAAACUCUUGUCCCAGGUCCUGUGUCCUCCAGAGUAGGAGUGUACCUGGAUCACAGUGCAGGUACUCUGUCCUUCUACAGCGUCUCUGACACCAUGACUCUCCUCCACAGAGUCCAGACCACAUUCACUCAGCCGCUCUACGCUGGACUGUUGCUUUACUCUUCUUCUUUUGGAGACACGGCUGAGUUCUGUAAACUCAAAUAGACAGAAGUCAUUAAAGGGUAAGAUUCUGUUUUAACUCUUUUACCUAUUUUGUCUCCAUGUUUGUUGCUGAGAGCUGAUUGUUGUGGCAUUUCUUUACUGCACAGAGAUCAGCUGCCAAUCAGACAUUAUGGGAUGUACUUUGACAUCUUCUCAUUAGUUGUUGUUGUAAAUG